UGCCCACUCCCCACUUCUCAGGCUGGUUCAGUGUUUAGGGAGAGCAGUGAUCACGCAGUCCUGAGCAGCAGGCUGACGUUGGACGAGCUACCAGGUAUCUGAAAACAGGCAACGAAGGAGCAGAGAUCCACUUUCACCGUUUCUACUCUGGAUUCUGGACUUAUAGCUUCACAACGUUCAAGCUAGCCCAUUUUAUCUUUCGUGCAUCUCAAUACCCUUUCCCCAAAGACAAUCCACCCGCUGAGGAGGAGCAGAAUGCUUUCAGUGUCGCAUCCAGGGAAACAACGCAGAGCAUUUUAUAGAUUCGCACGGAUUUUCUUCCAGGGCAUUUUGGUGUCGGUUACCCUGAUGUGACUUUUCUUUUCGGCUUUGGAAUAAUGGGGAUCUUUUUGGCUUAUGUUGGAUUCAUUUUCUUUUCUGUUUUAUAUAUACAGCAAGGACUUUCUUCUCAAGGUAACAAAUUUACCGAGUUUCCUCGAAAUGUUACAGCAACUGAGGGGCAGAACGUUGAAAUGUCAUGUGCUUUCCAGAGUGGAUCUGCCUCAGUUUACUUGGAGAUCCAGUGGUGGUUUUUGCGGGCAGCUGAGGACCAGGAGACUGGAGCAGAGGUGACAGGCACUCAGGUGGAGCUCUUACCAGAAAGAGACCUAGACAACGAUGGAACAAAAAUCAGUACAGUAAAAGUACAAGGGAAUGACAUCUCCCACAAGCUUCAGAUUUCCAAAGUAAGGAAAAAGGAUGAAGGCUUAUAUGAAUGCCGAGUGACAGAUGCCAACUAUGGAGAUCUUCAAGAAUACAAGGCCCAAGCCUACCUUAAAGUCAAUGCAAACAGCCACUCUCGGAGAAUGCAGGCCUUUGAAGCCUCUCCCAUGUGGUUACAAGACAUGAAACCUCGAAAGAAUAUCUCUGCAGCUGUUCCCAGUAGCAUCCAUAAUUCUGCUAAUCAGAGAAUGCGCUCCACCUCCAGUCCUCAAGCUGCAGCCAUCCCCAAACAAAGUCCACAAUCAGCUCUGUGGAGUAUGACUUGGAAAAGGGAGAGUCUGGAAGGAGACCAAUUAGGAAAAUAUGACACUUAUAUAGUGCAUGCCAAGACAUUCAUGAGCACCAGAGCUGGCGAGCUAAUUAAGUAUAUAUAUGUAUGUGUUUAAAACAGCCUAAUAAGGAGCAUUGGAAAUCUGCAAGAUGAGCGAAUAUCUUAUAACUUCUUCCGCAGGUGCGAGGAUAGCUACAAGCCAUGGACUUUCUGUCCUGCUUCUUGUUUGUGGCUUUGUGAAGGGUGCUUUGCUUUAAUCUAAAGUGCUGACUUUUUUCCAAUAUCACU